CGGCUCUGAUGAUAUAAUCUCAUCAGACGCUGUGUCUUUCCCUUUCAGACGGCCAUAGGUGCCAACGCCACCACUGUCCUCGGGAUUCCCAUUGAGUUUCGUCACGUCUCGUGGAGACAUCAUCAAGCUGUUCAAUCCCAAUCUGCUCGGCGCUGCUCCCGGCAAGACAAUUCACGGGAUGCAGGCUCAUAUCAGCGAGACAGGCUUCAACCUGGCUGUGACUGGACACAACACCUUCAAUCUCCCCGGCCAGACGAGACAUUUGAUCGACACGCUGAGAGCUUAUGAGGGUCUGAACUUCGAGGAGGACUGGAAGCUUUUAACCAUUCUCAUGGGCAUGAAUGACAUCUGUGAUUACUGCAAAGAUAAGGUUCUGUUCUCAGUGGAUAACUUCAUUCACUAUAUCACCGUCUCCUUGGAAAUGCUUAUGAAUGAGGUUCCUCGUAUGAUCGUUAAUGUUGUGCAGAUCCUGCCCAUGCAGACUCUGAGGGAGGUGCAGAAGCCCACCCCGGGGUGCCUUCUCCAAAGGUCUUUCUGCUCGUGCCUGAUCGAGCCAGUAGCCAAGUCUCCUGAGCUCCGAGAGCUGAUAGAAGUCAAUCUGGAGUUCCAGAAAAGACUCGAGACGCUGCUGCUGAGCGAUCGUUUCUUCAGGAAGGACUUUGCCGUCGUUCUCCAGCCCUUCCUGAAACACGCUGACCCUCCUCGCCUCCCGAACGGGAAGAUCGAUAUGACCUUCUUCACUCACGACUGCUUCCACUUCACCAUAAAGGGGCACGAGGAGCUGGCUAAAGGACUGUGGAACAACAUGUUUCAGCCUGAGGGAGGAAAGAUGAUUGUGAGCAGCUUCUCUGACCCCAUCAGUCUCAUCUGUCCACCCCUGGAACACCCGUACAUCUUCACCCGACCAGUUGCAGCCAGAUCAGGUCAGCCCCCGCAGCCGUCUGGCGCUCUGUCACAGGCAGCCGUCUUCCUGCUGCUCCUGCUCCUCAUGGGUUUGACAUGUCCUGGACUUCUGUAG